AUGUCAAAAACCACGGAAGAGGAAGCAACAAUAAAAAUUUUACGGCACAAGGAAAGCCUAGUGCCGGCCUUCCUUAGCGUCAAGGGUCUUGUAAAGUUGCACAUCGACUCAUUUAAUCACUUCAUUGAAACCGAAAUACGGAAUAUAGUCCAGGCGAAUAAUCGUGUGAGUGUGCCAUCAGCUAAUUGGUGGCUGGAAUACAACAACGUUUACGUUAAACCACCCACUGUUAAUGAUGGGAGUGUUAUUGCUAGCCGCGUUACGCCACAUGAUUGUCGACUUCGUGAUCUUACUUACGCUGGUGAAAUUCUAGUCGAUAUUACCUUCACACGCCAACACGAGAUCGUUUCCAAGAAGGGCGUUUUUAUUGGACGGAUGCCACUCAUGCUCAAAAGUUCGGCCUGUGUUUUAAAUGGCAAAUCCGCAUUUGAGCUGAUGAAAAUGAAGGAAUGUCCACUGGACCCAGGUGGUUAUUUCAUCAUCAACGGAAGUGAGAAGGUGGUUCUCAUGCAAGAGCAAAUGUCUAAGAAUAGGAUCAUUGUGGACGGUGAUACAAAAAAGGGAAUGGUCUGUUCUGUCACUUCCUCUUCCGCGCAAACGAAGUCCAAGACGAAUAUACUACUAAAGGAUGGUCGUUUCUUUCUGCAACACAACUCCUUCACUAUCGAUAUUCCCAUAGUCAUUCUAAUCAAAGCCAUGGGUAUAACCUCGGAUAGGGAGAUUCUACAGUGCGUCGGCUGCGAAGAAGCGAUUUGGACAAAGAUGGUACCCUCACUGAAACAAUGUAUCGAAGCAAAGGUGCAUACAACACUGGAGGCAUGUAAGUGGCUCCAAUCGAAACUGCGCGCUCCCCGUUUCCGUCCAGCAAAAAUCGUUUCCAUCGGUGGCAAAUCCGGCACCGACAUAACCGAUCGCGAUGUCCAGGCUGACAUUCAGCGAAUGCUUCGAGAUAUUAUCGUCACGCACGUUCCAAUGAAGAAGAUGAACUUUCAGGAUCGUGUUCUCUUCCUUGGGCAAAUGAUCCGCUAUCUCGUUCUCCUUGCUGAUGGUCAAAUUCCUCCUGACGAUCGUGAUUUCUACGGUAACAAACGAGUUGAUCUUGCUGGUUCCUUGAUAGCACUCCUCUUCGAAGAUGUCUUUAAGACCUUCAAUGAAGAUUUAUGGAUGACGGUUUCGAAGCUGGAUGCAAAGCGAAGGGUCGCCCCAUUUGACAUCUCGCGGCACAUCAAAACCUGGCUUAUUACAGAGCAGCUGAACAGGGCCAUCUCUACGGGUAAUUGGAUUAUCAAGCGUUUCCGUAUGAUGAGGCAGGGUGUUACCCAAUUAGUCAGUCGUCUCUCCUAUGUCGCCGUUCUCGGGCACAUGACGCGUGUGACUAGCCUGUUUGAGAAAACUCGAAAGAUUGCCGGUCCCCGCGCUAUCCACUCGAGUCAAUGGGGUUUAGUGUGUCCCUCGGACACGCCAGAAGGAGAGGCUUGCGGUCUGGUAAAAAACGUCUCCCUCAUGUGCCACAUCACCGUGGAAGUGGACGACACUAACCUCAUCGAACUUCUUCAGACCUACUACGUCUACGCUCUUCGCGACUUUAGUUACGCCCUUGAUGAGUACAUAGUUUACGUCAACGGCAAACCAAUUGGCUUCACAAAGGAGCCGAAUGAGCUAGCAGCUGUGAUCCGCGGACUGCGACGUUCGCGCUGCCUCCACGAAUUCGUCUCUGUGCACUGCAAACCAGUGCUUCGCUGUGUCCACGUGGUCAGUGAUGGUGGACGUCUAUGCAGACCCUAUAUCAUCAUCUGCAAAGGAAAACCACUGGUCACUCAGGACAUGCUUGACGACCUUACAGCCAAGGUUCUAAGCUGGGAGGACUUUUUGAAGAAGGGUGUGAUAGAGUACCUUGAUUCAAAUGAACUCAAUGACUGCUUGGUCGCUUUGAACGAGGCUGACAUUACGCCUAGCACCACACACAUGGAAAUUGAUCCGGCUACCAUUUUGGGCGUUGUCGCCGGUCUCAUCCCCUACCCGGAUCACAAUCAAUCGCCUCGUAAUACAUAUCAAUGCGCUAUGGGUAAACAGGCUAUGGGAACCAUUGCACUCAACCAACAGAUUAGGUUCGACACGCUGCAACUGCAGAUGGUAUAUCCGCAGCGUCCACUUGUCCAGUCGAAGACUAUCCAGAUGCUGCACUUCGACCAGCUACCAGCAGGCCAGAAUGCCAUUGUGGCGAUCAUGUCCUUUACCGGCUACGAUGUCGAAGACGCGCUCAUUGUCAACAAGGCCUCUAUUGAUCGGGGCUUUGCGCGGGCCUGCGUCUACCGGCGCACCGGGGUGCACCUCAAGAUGCAUGACAGCGGCGCCUACGAUCGACUUAUGGGACCCAUUAUCGAUCGAGAGACGGGGAAGCCGCGGCGGGAGGACGAGAUUCUUGAGGCAGAUGGCACAGCGGCUGUGGGCGCAAAGGUGCAGAAUCAGCGCAUCCUCAUUAACAAAGAGAUGCCGAUGGUGAGGGUUUCUUCGGUGACUGCUGGAAAUGGUGGUGCGUUGAGCAUGCAUCCCGCUACACCGGCCAAUGCAGUUGAGUUCAAGCGAGUCGCGGCAGACUACCGCGGCAUUGAGCCGUCGUACGUGGAUAAGGUGAUGUUCUCCACCUCUGAGGGCAGUCAGGCCGUAGUGAAGGUGCUUCUGCGUCAGACGCGUCGGCCGGAGAUGGGUGAUAAGUUCUCCUCGCGCCACGGCCAGAAGGGAGUAGUGGGUCUCAUCGUGCCUCAGGCUGACAUGCCAGUCUCCUCCCAGGGCAUCUGUCCCGACAUCAUCAUGAAUCCCCACGGCUUCCCUAGUCGUAUGACCGUGGGGAAACUGAUGGAACUGCUGGGCAGCAAGGCCGCCGCUAUCGACGGUCGCCUGCGGGACGGCUCCGCCUUCUCCGGCGACCCGGUCGAAUCGCUGGCCGAAGUGCUUACCGAGCACGGCCACCACUACUUGGGCAAAGAGAUCCUCAUCUCCGGCGUCACAGGUGAACCCAUGGAGGCCUACAUCUAUUUCGGCCCCAUCUACUACCAGCGCCUCAAGCACAUGGUCAUGGACAAGGUCCAUGCGCGUUCACGCGGUCCAGUAACAGCAUUGACACGACAGCCGACAGAGGGUAGAAGCCGGGAGGGUGGUCUGCGAGUGGGUGAGAUGGAAAGAGACUGUUUUAUCGCCUAUGGAGCCUCUCAGCUGCUGUUAGAGCGCCUACUUACCUCCAGCGAUGCCUACGACGCGGUGGUGUGCGAGGCCUGCGGCCUCCUGGCCUCCUCGCCUAACUGGUGCCAGUACUGCCGCAGCAGCAGCCAACGCGUUGCCAGUGUGCGCAUGCCCUAUGCGUGCAAGUUGCUGCUGCAAGAACUCAUGUGCAUGCGCAUCCUCCCUCGCCUCCAGCUGGCGGCGCCCAACGAGUCCCCUCUGGUGCAGAACCUCUCCGGUUCCUCGACCUUUGCCAGGAAUCACGGUACCCCCAAACGAUAA